AUGUCGGACCCAAAACAUUUAGGAGAUAUCACAGAUGAGAUAAUCGAUUUAUCCGUAGAGGAGGGCAACGAGUUCUAUGUGAUCUAUCCCAAGGCAAAGGACUUUUUCAAGAAAGGCAAGAUUUGGAUUAAGCGGUUGCGUUAUUACAAUGCCGUGACCUCUUUUCAGAAGGGGAUAAAAUCCUUGAAGACUUGUCGAGUUGAGGAUUCAGAGGAAGAGCGCCAAAAAACCGAUCUACUGAUUAACCUCUUCCAAGGUCUGAUGAUCUGCUAUAACAAUAUGAAUAGACCCAAGUGGGCCUGCAAUGCGAUGAAGGAAGUUCGGCUCUUGACCGAAAACAAGCCACCCUGGAGGGCUCUUUACCAGGAGGGUCGUGCCUUGACCAUCCUGGGGGAAUACAAUCGUGCCCGCCUGUCCUACAUUCGAGCAAAGGAUAAACAGCCGGAUAACCAGGACAUCAAGGAUGAGAUAACUAAAAUCAGUAAAAGGAUCAGCAACCUCGAGAUGGCUAAGCGGGAACUUUGGGAGCGGGCCAUGAACUGA